AUGAGUGAUUCUGUUCGUGACUCUCUCGUUCAACAAUUUAUAGAACUAACUAAUGCAACUUCCUUAGAGGCGACACGAUACUUAACAGCUAGUGAAUGGGACCUGGGAAGGGCAGCUACUGAAUACUUCACUGAACUAGAAGAGGCAGAAGACAUGACUACGUCGCAGCACGAUCACCAAGAUUCUAACUCGGAAAAAAUCCCUGAGCGAUAUAACGGACCUCGAACGCUAGAUGGAAAACCGGCCCCUCCACAAGAACCUACCGUCAGCUCCCCCCGAAAAUCGGCAGCUCCAACGAAGAAAAAAGGUAUUAUAGCAACUUUGGGAUCACUGAACUCGAGGACGUCCAAUGGGCAAGGAAGCUUGCAAGAUGAUGACGACGAUCACGAGCCCGGUAAAAAACCAAGAGACCUUUUUACUGGUGGCGAAAAAUCAGGAUUAGCUGUGCAUGAUCCCACUGACUUAAACCACCCUAAGGAAGUCGUCAGAGACAUACUAAGAAACGCAAAAGUGAAUGCCGCAAAAUCUAAGAGCGAUAAUUCGAAUAGUGUUAUUUCCCGGUUCCGAGGAAGUGGCCAAACUGUUGGUGGUGAAGAUGCACCCUCUCGAACUGUACUAAACCCUGAGCCUCAAGCCUCAGAAACGGCGAGAGCCCAAACAAAAAUUUUACACCUUUGGGAGGAUGGCUUUAGCAUUGAGGACGGUCCUCUACACAGAUUCGAUGAUCCAGAAAACGCUGUUAACCUUCAAAUGAUUCGUCAGGGCCGCGCCCCCUUGAAUCUCAUGGACGUGCGUCCUGGUCAAUCAAUUGAUGUUCAGCUUACCAAACAUGAAGGCAAUUAUCAAAAGCCUCCAAAAGUCUACAAACCUUUCAGUGGCACAGGAAAUAGGCUAGGUAGCCCCACCCCGACCAUGUCGACACAAAUCGAAGCACCUUCUGUCUCGGAAGCUCCAACCUCAAGUGUUGAACUUGAUCCCUCUCAGCCCACAUUAAACCUCAGAGUACAGCUAGCUGAUGGUUCACGACUAACAGCUGUAUUUAAUCCCAGCCACACCAUCGGACAUGUUCACGAGUUUGUGGAUCGAGCCUCCCCCUCUAGUAGAACUAGACCAUGGAUCCUUGCAACAACAUUCCCAAAUAAAAACCACACUGAUAGGAGUCUAACUCUCGACCUAAUCCCAGAGCUUAGGAGAGGUGGAACAGCUAUUCAGAAGAUAGUAUAA